CCCCUCGUUCUCCUAUCUUUCGAUUAGUCAAUUGCUUCCCUUUUGCUGUCUACUUGAGUCGGUUCAUCAAUUGAAUUGUAGUCAGCAUGUGUGGUAUCUUCGCGUGUCAUCAUCACCCCGAUGUGCAAAAAUUCAAGCCUACGGCCCUGCGCAUGGCCAAGGCUUUGCGCCACCGUGGUCCCGAUUGGAGCGGAAGCUGGAUGUCUGAGAAGACCAUCCUCGCGCACGAGCGUCUGUGUAUCGUCGGUGUUGACUCUGGUGCCCAGCCCCUUGUCAACGACGAUGGCUCCCUUGCCCUGGCCGUCAACGGCGAGAUCUAUAACCACCGUAUCCUCCGGAAGAACCUGAAGACCAAGUAUGAGUUCAAGACGCAUUCCGACUGUGAGGUCGUCAUUCCUCUGUACAUGGAACACGGCCUCGACGCCCCCAAGCACCUGGAUGGCAUGUUCUCCUGGGUUCUCUACGACAAGAACCAGGACAGGGUUGUCGCCGCUCGUGAUCCCAUUGGUAUCACCAGUUUCUACAUCGGCUGGUCCUCCGAGACCCCUGGAGCCGUUUACUUCGCUUCCGAGCUGAAGUCUCUCCACCCGGUUUGCGACAAGAUCCAGGCUUUCCCUCCUGGCCACAUCUUCGACUCCAAGACCGGCUCUUUCACUCGCUACUUCGAGCCGACCUGGUGGGACCCUACCAACGUUCCCUCCGUCCCUGUUGACUACAAGGUCAUCCGCGCUUCUCUCGAGAAGUCUGUUCGCAAGCGUCUGAUGGCUGAGGUCCCCUAUGGUGUCUUGCUCUCCGGUGGUCUCGACUCCAGCUUGGUCGCCUCCAUCGCUCAGCGUGAAACCCUGCGUAUGCAGGAGGCCGCCAAGGCUGCCCAAGCCCAGGGCGCUGAGCUCAACGAGUUGGUCGGCAUUGACGACUCCAACGAUCUGUCCACCGUCACCACCUUCCAGCAGCUGCACUCCUUCUCCAUCGGUCUGCCUGGUGCCCCCGAUACCGAGGCCGCCCUCAAGGUGGCUAAGUUCCUCGGAACCAAGCACCAUGCUUUCACUUUCACCGUUGAGGACGGUCUCAACGCCCUCUCCGACGUCAUUUACCACCUGGAGACUUACGAUGUCACCACCAUCCGUGCUUCCACCCCCAUGUACCUGCUCAGCCGUAAGAUCAAGGCUAUGGGUGUCAAGAUGGUUCUCAGUGGUGAGGGUAGUGACGAGAUCUUCGGUGGAUACCUUUACUUCCACGCUGCUCCCGACCGUGAGGAGUUCCACAAGGAGACUGUCCGCCGUGUCAAGAACCUGCACUUGGCGGAUUGCCUGAGAGCCAACAAGUCCACCUCUGCCUGGGGUCUGGAAGCCCGUGUUCCCUUCCUGGACAAGGAGUUCCUUGAGACCUGCAUGGGUGUUGAGCCUGCCGAGAAGAUGAUCACCAAGGAGCGUAUCGAGAAGUACAUCCUGCGCAAGGCCUUCGACACUACCGACGAGCCCGACGUCGAGCCCUACCUGCCCGACAACAUUCUCUGGCGCCAGAAGGAGCAGUUCAGUGACGGUGUCGGCUACAGCUGGAUCGACGCCCUCAAGGACCAGGCUGAGGCGCACGUCACCGACGAGAUGAUGAAGAACCCCAAGCCCGAGUGGGGUAGCGAUAUUCCCGACACCAAGGAAGCCUACUGGUACCGCACGAUGUUCGACGAACUCUUCCCGGCUUCUUGUGCUGGCACUGUUGAGCGUUGGGUACCGACCUGGUCCAAGCAGACCGACCCGAGUGGCAGAGCUAUUGCGACUCACAACGCCAAGUACGAAAACGCCGUUUAAAUGUCUGGGUAAUGAAUAUUGCGUGUCUUAACUUCUUGCGGAGAGUUUGGGUAUAGAACCAUGUAUAGAUGAUUUACCAGGGAUACUCAUUGGGACGCGAAAAAAAGCGAAUUUCAGUUAGAUGCGCCGGGAUCACCGCGUAUUGGCUUUUCCUUUUCUUUCAUCUAUGGUGUCUUUUUCCACUAUUGGUGUUGUCCGUGUUCGAUCGACAAGAUUUGUAAGAAUUGUAGGAAUGGUUGAGA